AUGCCGUUUCUUUCGUUAUUGGCCUCCGGUCUGGCUCUGACAUCUUUGGUUUCUGCUGUCUCGAAGCCGUUUCCCAAAUUCGGAGAGAAGCAGUUCUCGCAGGAGUUCCUCGAUGGAUAUAAUCUGUUAAAACAAAUUGGCAGCCUUGGUCCUUACUCCAAUCGUGUCUCAUAUGGCGUUGACAGAAACACCCCCGCUGGAUGUGAAGUUGAUCAAGCGUUUAUGUUGAUGCGCCAUGGUGAACGUUACCCGGACGCCUCCUUAGGCGUCGGAUAUGUGGCUGCACUGGACAAAAUGAGGUUCUCGAACAUUACUUCUUGGCGAGGAGAUCUCGCUUUUAUGAAUGAAUGGACCUAUUAUGUCGAUGAUGAGGCUAUGUACUCCCAAGAAUCGACAACUGGGCCAUACGCUGGGCUUCUCGAUGCCUUCCACCGGGGUAGUGAGUAUCGUCUCCGCUAUGGACACCUUUGGGAUGGCAAGUCUGUGGUUCCCAUCUUCAGCUCUGGUUAUGAACGAGUCAUUGAGACUGCACGGUAUUUUGGCCAGGGUUUCUUUGGCUAUAACUACUCCACCAAUGCAGCAAUGAACAUCAUCCCGGAGGCUGUGACUCAGGGAGCAGACAGUCUGACGCCAUAUUGCACUGCGGAUACUUCAUAUGUAGCAUGCAUCUAUGAGUAUUUGGGCUCAACAUUACCGCCUUUGGAAGUUGCCGCUGCCCGUUUCAAUACUCAAAACCCUGGACUGAACCUCAACGCGAGUGAUGUUUCCCAAUUGAUGGAAAUGGCCUCCUUCGAGCUCAAUGUCCGUGCAUAUUCGCCAUGGAUAGAUGCAUUCACUGCAGAUGAAUGGGUAGCUUACGGGUAUACUCUGGACCUGGGCUAUUACUACUGCUUUGGACCUGGUAGCGAGUAUCAAAUCGCCACGGGUCAGGUUUAUGCCAACGCCACUCGUGUCCUAAUGGAGGCUGGUCCUGAAGCCGGAUCUAUGUUUUGGAGUUUCGCUCAUGACGCCAAUAUCACCCCAGUCGUUGCUGCCCUAGGAAUUGACGUCCCCGAAAAGCACCUUCCUAAAGAUACUAUUCCGUUCCCAAACCCCUACCGCGUGGCCGACAUUGUCCCCAUGGGUGGGCUUAUCACUCUGGAACGCAUGACGUGCAAAGCAACCGCUAUCAGCGACGCGGGUGUCUUCAUUCGUGCGGUCCUGAAUGAAGCCGUUGUGCCGUUCAAUUCAUGCCAGAACGGACCCGGUUACUCGUUCCCAUUGGCCAAUUACUCCGCGAUAAUUGACGCUCUCCCUAGAUUUGACGAAACUUGCAAUAUCCCGGCAUCAUAUCCCCAGUCAUUGGACUUUUUCUGGAAUUAUAACACAUCUACUCAAUACAACUACCAGAAAGGGCCAAUCGGAUAUCAGCUUACUGAUACUGAUGUCUAA